AAGCUGUUGAUAGUACAGAACGUCGAUGUGAUUCACUACGUAUGUGUAUAUUGACAACUUUACGAGAAGGACUACUAAAUGGUGGUGGAAUUGGUGAUGUACUCAAACGUCCGAGCAGUAAGGAUGCUUCAUUUCUUUUUCGAACAAUUUAUGAUUUAUCAUUUUUUGUUAUUGUUAUUGUUAUUAUAUUGAAUUUGAUAUUUGGUGUGAUUGUGGAUACAUUUGCUGCACUUCGUCAAGAGAAACAAAAUUCUGAAGAAUUAAAUAAAAAUCAUUGUUGUGUUUGUGGAUUACAUCAAAUUUACAUUGAUAAACUUAUCAAAGAAAAUGAAUUUAAAUGGAUACCACGUAGACGAGCUAUGACUUUGUAUAACAUAGAAAAUGGUUCUUCAGAAAAAUCUGAAGAAAUCACCGCAUUAACUAACUCACUCAACAAAACUGUCAAAGCGAUGGAUACACUUAAUGAAAGCUACCAAAAAUUGUCUAAACUGAUUAGUAAACAAUUUAUGGAAAAAUCUAAAGAACAAUUACUUUCUUCAAUGUUAAAUUCUGUUUCAAAUAAAAUGAAAAUAGAAGAAUAAAUGUUGUUUAUCUCAGGUUUUAUUGCAUAAACCGAUGCUGUUGCUGUUGUUGCUGCUGCUACUGCUGCCGCUGAGGAUGAUGAUGAUGAUUAGUGUGUAUUUCAUUGUUACACUUUGUUUUGUUUUGUUUUGUUUGUCUUUAUAAUUCAUGAUAACCGUUUGAUACACAAAUUUAUUUUCUUAGUUUCAUUAAGAUAAGAUGAUAUAAACUAGAUGAGUGGAUGUUUAGCCAAUGUUUUUCAUAUAUAGAUAGUGAUUUCCUUUUUUUGUAAAAAAUAAGGUACAUUUUUGUAUUCCGAUUAGUUGCUACGUGAUAUAGUUAGUUAAAAUAAUAGUAAGUAAUUGAUUAAUAAUGCUUUUUUUGCUAAUAAAUAUAUCAUUGAAUAUUGA